UUUUCCCACAAUGCAACGCGCAUCUGUCAUGGCUGCUCACUGAGGCCACUUGUACCACAUGGGUGAAAAAAACGUUUCAUCUCCGAUUGAGAAACGCACAUUAAUAAAGCGAUCAACCGUGAAAGCUGUGUUCCGGGACCGUCCUGACUGAAGGCAGCAGCUCCUACUUCCCUCCAACAAAGACCAGUUCACCGAUGCCUCUGGACGUAGAGAUCCCUGUCCUCCGAGGCUUCCUAACACCUAGCGAGGCAGCGGAAUGGAAGCACAACAUAUUCAGUACUGCAGAGGCGGGCUCUCUGCUGGAGUCCCUGAUGGAGGGGGACUUUGAGGCGGUUCUGCUGAGCCCCCAGGUUUUAGAUCUGCUAAACGGAGAUGACCGCUGCAGCGAGGGGGAGGACAUCGAGACCUACCUGGAGAGACAAGUGCUGCAGUACCUGACUGAUGGAACCAACGAUGGCCAGACCAACAGGGAGCUGGCAGUGAUGACCCUGGCUGUCUCUUGCCUCCACCUGUUUGCCCAGAGUAACUGGACUGGUCCUCCGGUCUCCAUCCAUAUCUCUGACCUGCUGCCCCCACCCCUGCUCUCUCCUCAGCCCCAGGCCCUGGUUGAGGCUAUCCACUCCAGCCUGCUCCUGGAUGGGGAGUCUGUGUACAGCCUAGUAGCCAACCCCAUCCUCCUCCUGCUGGCCAGGGUUAUUCUCACCAAGUGCUCCUCCAAGAUGGACAGCCUCCAGCUGCUGCCCUGGUGGACCCUGCGCUGUAUCAACCUGCACCAGCAAAUCCUGGAGGCGUGUUCUCUGCAGCUCCUCAACUUGGCCCACAGCAGCAUAGACAAAGUGUUUAAGUGCCAGUCUCUGUGGUUGGAGCACAGAAACCUGGCAAUCCAGUUCCACCUGGAGUGCGUCUACACUAGUCUGAACUACUAUGAGUACCAGCCUGCCAAGGAACACAUCAAGAAAGCCCAGGAGCUCUCAGGGCUGAAUAUCAACGUGACUGGUGCUCUUGGCAAACGGACCCGUUUCCAGCACAAGUACCUGGCUCAGCUCAUCCUUGAUGUCAAAAGAAAGCAGGGCCAGUCUGGUGAGACUGAUAAGGAGCCCAGUCCCACUCCAACACCUCAGACCAGCCUGCCCAAGGACUAUAGUCUGGGUGAUGACACCGUGCUGGAUAAUAUCAAUUUGGCAGAGCCAGAUCAGUAUGAGCUGCCUGACCUCAGUGCAGAGGAGCAGGCUGUCAUUCUGGGCGUCUGCACUGACUUCCAGAAGAAUAACCCUGUCCACAAACUGACUGAAGAGGAACUCCUGGCCUUCACAUCUUGUAUUCUGUCUCAGCCUAAGUUCUGGGGUGUAGAAGUCACAGCUCUUUGCCUCAGGACCAAACUGGAAAAAGGGAGGUCCCGAUGUGUUGAGAGAGCCAUGAUGCAAACCCAGGUAAUAGUAGACCACUUUGAAGACAAGAACUGUCCUGUGACUGAUCGGCUCAAGGUCUUCUACUGCUGCCAAGCCCCGCCCAGAUGGGCUGUCCAGAAACAACUGGCCAGCCUGCUGAUGGACCUUGGCUGCAUCAGUUCAGGUCUGCUCAUUUAUGAAAAGCUGGAGCUCUGGGAGGAUGCAGUUAUCUGCUAUGAGAGGCUGGGCCAACAUGGCAAGGCCGAGGAGAUUGUUCGCAGGGAGUUGAAGAAGACAGAGACGUGCAGUCUUUACUGCCUACUGGGAGACAUAUUGAGGGACCAUCAGUACUACGACCGGGCGUGGGAGCUGUCGGGCCAGCGCAGCGCCAGAGCCAUGCGCUCCAAAGCUCUGUUGCACCUCCACAACAAAGAGUUCCAGCAGUGCGUCGACUGCUUUGAGCAGUCGCUUAAUAUCAACACCAUGCAGCUCGGUGUGUGGUUUUCCCUCGGUUGUGCCUACUUUGCCCUGGAGGGCUAUGAGGGAGCUGCUAAGGCUUUCCAUAGGUGUGUGGGACUAGAGCCAGAUAACGCAGAAGCAUGGAGCAACCUCUCUACAGCCUACAUUCGCCUGCAAAUGAAAAACAAAGCCUUUCGUACCCUACAGGAAGCCCUGAGGUGUAACUACGAACACUGGCAGAUCUGGGAGAACUUUAUUGUAGUGAGCACUGACAUCGGGCAAUUUGCUGAAGCCAUCAAGGCAUACCAUCGUCUGAUGGACCUUAGGGAAAACUACAAGGAUGUCCAGAUUCUACAGAUCCUUGUAAAAGCAGUUGUUGAAAACCUGACGGACGGCCAGGGUGAGCAGGCAGAAACUCUCCGGCCCAAAAUGAAGGAGCUCCUUGGGCGGGUCAGUUCUCGCCACAGUAGUGACUCUGAGAUAUGGCGGCAGUAUGCUCGGUUAUAUUGUGAUGGCCACAGCUCCAACCCAGAGGACAACGAAAAGGCACUACAGUUCUUGUCCAAGGCCCAUCGCUGCGAGGUUCAGACUGGUGGCUGGGAGAAAGAACCUGGUCUCUUCAAAGAGGUGAUCAAAAGAGCCAUCGAUAUGGGUGAAGUGACCGUCAGUUGCAGUAAAAAGAAGAGCAAUCCAACAGAAGCUCUUCAGAUGCUCUCCUCCGCCCGCCUCAGCCUCAGGAGUCUGGCCACCAAAGCUAAGGUUACAAAUCCAUAAAGAAUCGUGGACAUGGAGAUUUACAAGCAUAUGGCACCCAGGUCAGUCAGGCUUGUUGAAUCAUUCGUAGACCGGAAAUCUUUUAACCCCAGUGUUUGAGUCAGAAUUGUCUGGGAGGAGGCGGAGAAAAAAACAAUAUUACCAUAGAAUAAUUUUACAGUGAUAUGAGAAUUAAUAUUAGACAUAUAUAUUUAUACAUAAACUUACAUAUAUAUUUCAGGCAUAUUACUUUGUUUUGUUUUUGAUUACUCUAAAAAAAAGGGUGAUUAAUUACUCCCCUUUGUUUCAUUAUGGUUUAACUGACAAAUAUUUUAAACAGUAUUUAACUUUAACUCAACUUCAAACAUCUUAACAAUGACUCUGACUGGAAAACGAGACCAAUUGACUGUAGCAGCUACAGUACUGUGACGUGAAAUCACGUUUUUAUCAUUCUGCAUAUUACCUACUGAAAAGUGGAAUUAUACUUAAUAAUGUCUGAUUUUGUAAAUUCACAGACUGAAAGUAUAAGCUGCUGCACAUUCCUGAAUGUCUAAAGUUUGAGUGAUAAAGUGAUUAAAAUAUUGGUGUGAUAUGGUGGCCUUGAGGUGCAAAUCAUACCAACAAAUAAAACACAAUGAUUUGUUGUUUUUUCCAGUUUCUUCUUGUGUUUUGGAAUUUGCUGUCGUGAUUUGCACUUCAAGGUCACUGUAAUCGUCAUUUCAUUGGUAUUUUUGAACAGCAAAGAGACACAAUUUUUGCUAAGUGGUUAAAAAUCUAAACAGUACAGUGUGUACACAUGACAAAUUGAAGUGAUACCAAAGAUACGUCUGAAUUUAAAAAGUGUUGCUUAUAUAUAGUUUGUCCACCAGAGAGCAGUGGCAGAUUUAUUAAAAUGUCCUGCUUAGUGCAUAUCUUGGUCAACAUUCUUUAACCAAAUUUAAGGGAUCCUUCACAAAAUGUUUUUUUUUAAUACAUUGAUAGCCUCAAAAAUGCACUCUCGUUUCCACUCAAGAUGCAAGAAGAUAUGAGUGAAUGGCAGCAGUACGUUACACCAAAUAACAUCCAAAUAGUCCACUGUUGAUGAGUAAACUAAUAAUGAUAUUGACCUCAGUACAUUACAUCAUCACUUCAUCUUCAU